CUUUCACCGAAUGCAUUGAAUGCAUUGACUAAAUGUAGGUACGCAAUAGUAGCUACGUUCACGUUGUCGCCGAAGCAAUCUCUACAGCUUCAGGCAUGCAAACUGAUAGCUGGUAGAAAUAACAAAAUGGCGAUGAUGGUCGGAGAUCUAAUUGAACGAGUGAAUACAAUCUGUGAAAAUAAACAAGUACUUAGUGAAUUAGCGAGAAAUAACGAGUUCGACGAACCCAGCAAAGAAGAACUCGACAAACUAUUCCAUAAAUUGAACGCUGAGAAUGCCAGGGAAAUUGUGAAUCACAUGCACAGCUAUGAGCCAGCUUGGCACAACAAAAAGGUGACAGGACGCCUUUACGGUCCUAUACCAGGAAUACCAUGCGGUUCUUGGUGGGGAAUAAGGAUGGACUGUUCGAGAGAUCGCAUGCAUGAUCCUUUCAGUUUAAGCGUGCAAUGUGGUCCAGUAGGAGCAGUUUCGGUCUGCACCUCACAUUCAGAAGAGGAUGUUGACUUGGGAGACGUGUUGAGCUUCACAGCUGAUCCAAGCGCUGAGAAACAAGGUCGCUACGUCAAGGGCAAAGAGCAAACCCCGGAGAAUAGGUCCUUGAUCUUGAGCUUGGAGAAUCGGGUGCCGAUACGCAUAAUCAGGAGCUACAAUUUGUCCAAUGAAUACUCGCCAAAAACGGGGUAUCGCUACGACGGCCUGUAUGUAGUCAUAAAAUACUGGAUUGGUGUAUCUCCGGAGACAGGUUCAAAGUGCUAUAAAUUUGCACUAAGACGACUCCUCCACCAGGAUCCUCCACCCUGGAAAUUGCAAGCUCCUUGUGACAAAGGCUUUGAUCCAGGUGCCAAUAGCAGCGAUACGAUUAUAUCUCGAUGCAUUUCUACAAAGAAGUUUCAGGGCAGAGAUGGUAAAAUGUCGCAACUGCAUGCACCUUGCAACGAUAAUCCGAGUAAAGCUGCUAAAUCCGUGGAGAAAGAGAAACAAAGUUUUUUGAAAGAAGAAAGAUCAUCAGUUGGAAGAGCUGGCAAUUUGAGUGGACACGAUAUUACGACGACAGUGUCAGUUUUACCAGGUAAAAAAAUCGCCUUGGAUGAUCAUACACAUGUUCAAGGUAGCACGAUCGUUACUAGACGUGUAUCCAAAAAAACACCAAACAACAAAUCCGACGGGAAGCAACUAAUUUCUGAGGCUAGUAACAAACCGUCCAGUGAAACACAGCCACGAAACGAACCGGGUGAAGAAGAAGGAAUGAAGUCUCAGGGUACCCGACUCCAGAACACGAACAUAUCGAUUCGGUACGAUUUAUAUGAUUCUUCUCACAACAUUAAGCAGCGUGGUUCCAACGUCGCUACUCACAGCAGUGGCGGAAGUUGCGUGUUUAAACCACGUGUGCACAUUGUUCCUACGAGACAGCUGCACUUUGCAGGAGUUGAUUCGUCGCCUGGAAGCAGUAGCAGGACGAUUUCGAGUGUGAAAAUGGAGCGAGUCAAGUCAUUCAGCGGUGCGAAAAAGUUGAACCUUAACGAAGUUUGUAAUGAAGGAGAAAUUUCGUCGCUGAUCCAUCAACAAAACCCGCAAUUAUCUGUGGAACACUCGUAUGCUACGCAAUUGACAGAGUCGUUGGAACUGCGCUGCGAAAAGGUUGAAGAAAAUCGUCAAAAUUUUGUAAAUAGGGGGACGGAUGAAAAGGAAGCGCUUCUGAAACCUUGUCAAAGGGAAAGGAGACAUAAGAAAAAUAGUCGAGAGUGUGAAUCUCAUAUAUCUCCUUCGAUGGAGCAGACAGAAGUACGAAAAACCUUUGAUGCUUUGAAUAGAAUUCAAUCAACUAUCAAUGACGAUUCUUUUUCUGGAGACACGUUGACUGGAAGAAAACUUGCAGAUGUUACGAUCCCUUCGCCGUCUGAGAGUCCACCAUUCAAGGGAUUCGUAUCAGCGAGAGAAAUCGAGAGGAAAAAAUUAUGGCCCGAAGCGUUGGAAAUGGCAAGUUCACUCACUGUUGAAAAGAUGCUGGAUAUAAUAACAGAGGAAAAGACUAGUCCAAUGGCAAAGAUGCUGAUAAGUACUGUGAUCGGAUUCCCGAACGUCGAGACCCUUCCUGUCUGCAACAAUAACAAAGAAACCACGUUAACGAACGUUCAUUAUGAAGGGCUAGAUAAUCCGACGCAGAGAGCGACAUAUCGGAAUAAAACUGGAGUGCAAACUGCCCUAAAUAAACGAACACCAUUGAGUAUGAGAACCAGAUCCUGUGCUAAACUCUGUGAGCAAACAGUGGCGAAGACUGUUCAAGAAAAAGAAACCGUCCCUAAUGUUUCCAGUGAAAGGUUGAAGAUGGUCGACAAAACUAUAUUGUGUUUGGAAAGAAUCGGCGAUGACUAUCCGACGAAAAUGUCGCGUUCGAGGCAACUCAGAUGCUUGGAUAACAGCAAAGAGCAAAACAUCAUCGAAAUAGUUUAUGCCGGUGAAGAGUCUGUCGGAAAUCAACGAGCGGUGACAACAAAUUUGAAUCAUUCACACAGGCUGAGGUCCAGCGGGAAAGUGGACGUCGGUGAAAAGCCAACAAUUAAAAACCCUGGUAUCAAAGCCACCGAACAACCACCCAUGCUCGUUAGCAGAGCGAGAGAAGUUUGCGUUCGGAGUAACAGAAAUCUGCAAUGGCCUGACGCAGUGAACACCAAUGCUGCUAAUCACGUAGUAACAAGGCGUAAGAGCAACUCCGAGUCUUGCAAAGGUGAUGGAGAAGCUAAUGCAUAUGAAACUGUUCCGAGAGGAACCGAAAACCAGUCAAACAACACGUCGAGUAGUGCGAAGUCGGUUGAUACGGUCGACUGUUCAAAAAUAACUAAAGAUUCGUGUAUACAAUUGAAAGACCAGAAUGAAACGAACGGCUGUUUGAUCGGUGCGAGGAAAUCUUCAAUGCCAAAUAAGCCAGAAUUUGUCGAAAGAACAGACAAUGCUUGUCUUCAAAAAUUUCUGCACAGUGAUCAGACGCUUGUGACGAAAUCGACUGAGAAAUCUAACGGCGAACGAAUUUCAGGUAACAAAGUGUUGAAUUUUCGGGGAAAUAUGGUUUCGGAAAGACUGCAGGAAUCCAAAACAACUUCUCAGAGUUCUGAGGCGCGUGAUAUCACUGCAGAUUCGGUGGCUCGAAAUUUUACUAGCGAUAUCAAUAAGCCAUCGAGUCUUAAACCGCUUGGUGGAGUUACUCGUUCCAAAGAAUCUGGGCUGGUGUCUAGGAAGAAAGACAGAUCGCCGGAAAAGAUCAGACUGGCAAAAAGGCCGAGAGUUCGUGUUAAACACAAGCUAGAAAUAGCAAAUUUAGUCAUAGACAUGAACAUGAGCCCCAGAUCGCAGAUCUCUAAGUCAAGAUCAGGUCGGUCCCUGAGGGGCGUUGAUUACUUGCGUGGCGGAAGGAGUUGCCCGACUAUCCUGGACCAGUCGAGGAAACGAAGGAACACCGAGCCCAUUCAGCACACGUCAAGUUUGUCAAAGCAGAUGAGAAAAAAUGCCCAGAUCUCAAACUCUUCCAUCCGAAUUGCGGAUGCGACGAAUUCCAUGAAGGAGCUUAAACUUCGAAACAAGUCAGAAAGGGACAAAUCACUAUUAAACAAUAACAACAACGACAACAACGGGGAUAGUAAGAACAGUAAUUCGAUGCGACGGAUCGGCAGAACAGAGAAAAUCGUGACAAAAAUAAAGAAACCAACGAAAGCUAAGAAGUCUAACAUUGUUACAGCGAGGAGAGCGAUAGCAGACAUACCGAAGAUGAUUCGUAAGCAAGAUUUGGUGGCAACGGCCAAGAAACAGCCCAGCGAAGUACCUCCGAGACCCACGAGACGAGAGGCUAUGACCAGAACACGGAGUGGAAGAAGUCCGAGAAGUUUAACCAUUGGGAGACUCUGCAUUCGCAGACCAUUGCUUCAGAGUGGCGAAACCUAUGCACUAACGAAGAAGAAUAAGAGGGAUACGAGUGAGAGAGCAAUUAAGCAAAAUUCAAAGCCUGGUAAACAGCCGUUGCCCCGGAAAGAGCCAGCAAAAUUCGCGCGGCUUAACUACAACGUCGAAAAACGGUCAACUGAGGUGCGGACGAAGUCAAAAAUGGUUAGCGUUAUGGUGCAGUGUUCUCUGAUUCCAAAUCCUCCGGAAUCUCCCACCUGCGAUCUCGAUGCCACCUGUCACUCAAAGAGAAACAGUCCAUCAGAUACAAGCGUAAACACUGGAUAUCUGAUCAGUGAAUACAUCGGUAGUCCUCGUAAUUCUGAAUCGAAAAGAGUGAAACACGAGGUGAUCGAUUUGAUUGAGAUCAAGUCUGAGAGCGGCGGCGAAAACGUGGUCGACUGCCAGUUGGACGACGACGAAAUCGACAGGGUAGAAAAUGCAGCCCUUCGAAUAAAGCCUUCGACUAGUAAUCCAGUCUUGUCAAAGUCGAAUCGCAAGAAAUCGACCCUUGAUUUGGCAUACCUCAACGAUCAGCGAAACAAGGAUUCGCUUUCGAACAGAGGAUUUGUGCGCUACGUUCCAGGCCAAAGACAGCCCGUCGUUGUCCCGGUGAAAACGGCGGGGGUAAAAUUCAUGAUCACGAAGCUAGAAUCGAUUGGAUUCAAGCCGAUAAAACCUAGGAUUCAUUCCAACGACGAGUCGGAACGCGGGCGGCGAAGCACCAGCGACAGUCCCAGAAUAUUAUACGUGAGCAAGGUCGUGAAACGAGGUGUAAACGAGGAAUACGACAAGUAUACUAGCGAGGAGAAUAACGUGGUCCAGUACAUGGACAGUGAGUUAUGCUACGAGGACAUAGAGAACGAAGACAAAGAUUUGUGCGUUCAAAAAAUGGAGUUCGUCAAAUUCGGGGACAGCAUAGACGAGGAGAGUUUCGAUAUCUCAGAGUUGUACGGUGAAGAGGAAGAGGAGGAGGAGGAGGAGGAGGAGGAGGAGGAGGAGGAGGAGGAGGAGGAGGAGGAGGAGGAGGAAGAAGUGGAGGAGGAAGACGAGGAGAAUGUCAAGGACGAAGAAGAACAGGAGGAGGAUUUUGGACGUGACCUUAAAUCGGAAUGGCAAUCUCAGCUCAACGAGGAUGGAACCAGUUCAAAUUUCGAUUACGAACAGUCGGCUGCUGAUUCUGAUGGCGACGUACCGCCAUGGCACGGAUGGAGGAAAAUUGUAUCCAACAAAGAGACACAUUUUGUUGGGUGGUAAAUAAUUAAAGUCUGAUACUUUGGUUGAGGUACAAAAAAAAAACCAAACGAAACCUAAUUAAUCCGGUAGUUAUUCGUGCCUCGGAAUGGCUUUGCGUUUUUCUAUUUUAACUCCGGAUGCGGUUUAAUAUUACAAA